AUGUCAAACAGGUAGAUGACUCUCAGUGGGGAAUAAACGCGGCAGCUUUCAAUUCCACGGAGUCGGGAAUGAUACAGAGAGGUCUGGACAGCAAAGAAGGAGUUAAAUCUACUGACGCAAACAGCAUCGUUUAGCCGAAAGGCUCGCGCUGUUUGACCCGGACGCGUGUCUCGUGCUUUGAUUGAGGUGUGAUCCCCGCGUCCCCCAUCUUUCCGGGCUCGAUGCGCUCGCGUUCGCCCAUCGGUUCUGGAUGAGAGCGAAUAAAGUCGCCCUUCAGGCAGCAUUACAUCACCUCCCGCACGGACCGGAAACAUACGGUUAAUUAUUUACUCAAUGCGCACGGAGACUAAAAGAAGCGCUUUUAAAAAUGCCUGACACAUCAAAUGCCCGGUUUUAACGGCUUUCGCUGACAGGAUAGAGAGAAGAAAAGGUGGCUGGCGCCCAUUGUGUCGAGGAUGUGAAGCGGCGCGAGAUGCCAUGGCAGCGGCGGAUGCAGCAGCUAACGGGCCGGAGCCGCCCGGUGUUCCGGUACCCAAGGCGUUUCCUUACGAGGAAUACGAGUGCAAAAUCUGCUACAACUUUUUCGACCACGACCGUCGGGCGCCCAAGAUCUUGGAGUGUCUGCACACGUUCUGCGAGGAGUGUCUGCACUCGCUGCAGCUGUGCGAGGAGCGGCCGUGGCGCAUCAGCUGCCCCGUGUGCCGCCACCGCACUCCCGUACCGGACUAUCGGAUACAGAACCUGCCUAACAACACCAAGGUCACGGAGGACUUCCCUCUGUACAUCGAUUCGGACCCUGUGCCUCAAGAUGCUCUGCCGCCCCACCGGCCUCCGCUGCACCCGGCGCUCGUGGCGCUCAGGCGCGAGGAGGACGCGUCCGGGGCGUCCAUGGCUGGUCACGCGACGCCGUCCACCACGACGGUGUCCACCGCGACCACGCUGUCCCAGGACUCGGUCUCGCGUUACGAGAGCUGUCAAAACUGCAGGCGGCUCGCGCUGACAACCGGAUGCGUGUGCGUCAUCUUCUCUUUACUGUCCAUGCUAGUGCUGCUCUUCAUGGGCCUCGUUUUCGUACACAGCCACGGCGGGCCGCCUUCGCCCGCGGGACCCCUCUGUCUGUCGGUGGCAAGCAUCCUAGCCAUGGUGUCGGCGAUGGUAACGUGGCUCCUUUACUGGCUAAAAGACCGACCGGAGCACGAGACGGGCCGCUCCUCGGCCACCACUAACGCGAGCCGGAGAAACGCGUGACAGAAUCAGAAUCGUAUGAUAAGCCCUUUCAGCAUUUAUUUCUUAAUACCGGUUAGUUUCUUUUUGUGUUACUAUUACUAUAAGUAUCUUUUAAAGAGUUAUACUAUUUAUUAGUAUUGGCUAUGUGCCAACUAGUAUCAAUCCCAGUAGGCUAUACUGGGAUUUUUUUUUUUUUCACUCAGAAAUUAAUGGUAAAGUUCACAAAUACUUAUAGAGAACUUCAAGUAACACUGAAUUAAACGUGGAAUUUUGAAAGUAUUGUCUUGCAAAACGUAGACCAACUUCUAUUGUGUUUACAAAAAAAACCCACCUUUUUUACAGCAUUAGGCUACUAGUUACAUUUUUAUCUCACAAGUUACAAUUGCUUAUAUUUGUGUAAUGAUUAUAAACUAUUUGUUAACGUUAGUUUAUGCAUUAACUUACAAUGAGCAAUACAUUGUGUCAAAGCCCCAUUCAGAUAUAAAUAAAUAUAUUUGUUAUUUCUUGUCCUUGAGAUGAAAAAUGAGAUGCAUUCAGUGAGCGAGCUGAAUCAGUGAGGCUGAUAUCUUCGGAAACCAGGUUUGAUUUUAAUAUUGUAUCUGUAAAUGUUGAAAUGGACAUUAACUAAGAUUAAUAAAUGCUUCAGAAGUAAUUUUCAGUUAGUUCAUAUUAACUAAUUCUAACAACUGGAACCUUACUGUAAAGUUACAUGGAAUUCACACUGUCUAUUCAGUUAGUACUAGGGAAACUGUAAAAUAUACUAGUAACUCCUUGAAUAGUAAAUUUCAAUAACUAAAGAGAAGUACUAGUAUCUAAUGAGACACUAUCGGAUCACUUAUUGGUACGGGCCGGCGUUUCCCCACGAGGAGUAUGAGUGCAAAAUCUACUACCGUUUCAACUAUAUCUGCCCAAAAUCUUGGAGUGCCUGCACACCUAGGAGAGUCUGCAUAUGUUACAGUUAUACAAGGAGAAGCCAUGGCGCAUCAGAUGCUCCCAUGCUGCAUGCACCAGACUAUCGGAUACAGAACCUGCCCUACGGCAUCCACUGCAACCGGAUACGUGUGUGCCAUCUUCUCCUGUCUGUCCAUUCUUGUGCUGCUCUUCAUGGGCCUCAUAUUUGUGCAUGGCCACCUGGGGUUUUUCUGCUAGGACACCUGUGUAAGCUUAAGAAGAGCUGACUUCAUACAUCCACUGAAAAUCACCAAAACAUCAGUUGUUUAAACACUGUUGCAAAAAAACGUUCUGGGUAAAAACCCACAGCUGCCAUUUGGUUUGAUAUUUAGUUGCUAAUGCAAUGAUAUUCAGACUUUGGUUGUGGAGCCACUAUAGUGGGGUCCCAAAGUCCAAAAAUGAGACCACAAGGGAAAAUACAUAUUAUUAUUACAUUUAUUAUUAAUUAAUUUUACAUUAAUGCAUUUGGCAGACACUUUCAUCCUAAACAAUUUACAUUGCAUUAAAGGUAUACGUUUUAUUAGUUCAUCCAUUCCCUAGGAACCGAACCAUGACUUUGAAAAACUAGUCAAUGUCACAAAUUUGCAUGCUGACUUAGAAUUAGUUCUUAUUAAAAAAAAUUAGUACUUUUAAAAAAUCCAAGUAAUUCUGUUUAUAUCAAGGUUUGAAUAAUAAAAUGUGGUCUCAGACUUCUGGACCCCACUGUAGGCCUGCAUAAUACAGGUUUAUCAUAACAAAUGAGACGUGGACUUAUUUGCCAUUUAAAAUUAAUACUUAAAAUUCACUAAUAAAGUCUGGUAGCUAGGUAAAAUACUUAUUUGAAUCAGCUGGGCAAAUCCAAUUUAUUGGAUGAUAUUCUGAAAAUGGCUGCUGGGUGUUGUCAUCCUCUCCUUUAUCAUAUAGGCGACUAUUCAGAAAAGACCUCUUUGUUCUUAUGGAUCAAUAGCUUUACUAUGGAAACUGCUCAUUUUAUACCACCUCUUUGUUCUUCACUUCACCUAUGCAUCUAUCACGGUAAAACCGUGUCAUUUAACAACUAACUGACAAUCUCUUUUUGCUAUCGUCUGUGUGUGCUUUCAAUAUGCGUAGCCUCACAAUGCAUUGACCUUAGUACUUUACCACCUCGUUCAUCGGAUUUUUGUAUCACGCAAACCUGUGAUGAGCAGUCCGUGAUGUCCCUGCAUGAUGUUAAACAAACACUAGAUACUGAACUGUGCUUGGAAACCAAGGUCAGCCUUCACUGCUUGAUGAAAGCUUUCUUGUUACUCAAAUCAGUACUGCUGAUUUCUACAUUAAGCAAUGGCAAAUCAGUCAUUUAUAAAGGGUAUUUGAUAUGAUGAUGUUUCAUGUAAAAAGUGUUGGUGGAAAUCUAUACAAACCGUACUCAGAGCUAUGUUAAAGCAUGCUCAUAUUUACCGUUGCUCAAUGAAAUUUCAUGGACGAAUUCCAGUCAUUCAAAUAGGAAUAGGAAAAGUUGGCCGCUGCUUGCUAUAAGAGUGACUUUUGUGCAAGCUGUGCUUUAUAAAUCCGAGAAUGGUCUAUUUUUGUCCGUGAAAUUUCACUAAUGUGACCACACAUUUAGAAAAAAUGUGCAUAGCGGGUGAAGUAAGAAGGAAUCUGACACCUGAGAAGCAGCUAGAGUUUUGCUCUGUCCUUGCAGUGACAGGAUGCAGCCAUAAAGAAAUCAAUGAUAAAGACUUGCACACUGGGACUGCCGCCAAGAAGUGCUUUCGAGUGUUUACUGACCCACUUAUGAUACUCUGCAUCUCUCCUAUAGGUCAUUUGUCUUAGUGUCACUAACUGAUAUUUUCAUCCACCUAACUGUGGCUUGUUAACACAUUCUAUCUAGCAAGCUUUGGCAUUAUACUGAAUAUAUCGUCUAGCUGAUUGUUUUGAGUUAAUGGUUUGAUGACGAUGAUUAAAGGAAACUUGAUGGCCUAAAUUUCCUUCCAUUAGGGUAAAGGUAAUUUUCUUUAGGAUGGUAAACAUACUUGAUUAUAUUCUCUUAAAGGGAUAGUUCAUCCAAAAAUUACAAUUCUGAUAUUUACUCACCCUCAUGUUAUUCCUGAAUCCUCUCGUUUAAUCUGUGGAACACAAAAGGAGAAAUAUUAAAAAAGUCAUUCUCUAAAUAGGACAAGAGCAAACAUGAGGGUGUGUAAAACAUUUUCAAUCACUACUUCUUUAAAUUAGCUCUUACGUGCCUUUACUUUUUAUUUAUUAAGUUUAUAUAAGCUUACCAUUUGAUAUUUGAGAAGUUGUGCUGUUGUUUCAGGCAGAUGUGAUGGAUCAAACCAGGUCUGCCCUCUUCUGGUGGACAAGUGUAGUGAUGCAGUCAUUUGUGUGUAGUGAUGUGAGGUUUUGAUUACGUUUUUUGUAAGGAAGGUUUUUCAAAGUGAAUGUGGGGGUAUUUGAAUUAUUGCAGCAGUGGUUUAGACACGCUAAGGUUAUUUUCCUGUGUGUUAAGGAUGUAAACAGCCAUUGUCUGCUGUUAUCCAUGCUGUUCAAAGCAACAUUUGUAGAGAAAGUAGUGUAGUGUGCAUUGCAAUAGUGUUAUAGUCACCAGCUUCAGAGCUCCUCCUGCCAUUCUGUUGGGCAAUAUAUGUCAUAAUACUUUAUACAGUGACCUCAGUUUACUGCCUUUUUGAUCCCUGCUGAAAAGACCAACAACAAGGUUUUUUGUUUGUUUUUAAAAGAAAGAACCCAUUAUAUCAAUCAAAAGUUACAUUUAAAACGUUGCAAAAGAUGUCUGUUUCAAGUAAAUGAUUUAGAAGUUUCUAUUCAUCAAAGAAUCCGGGAAAAUCAUGGUUUUCACAAAAAUAUUAAGCAGCACAACAUUGAUCAUAAACAAAAAUGUUUCUUGAGCAGCAUAUUAGAAUGAUUUCUGUAGGAUCAUG